AUGUCCCCCAGGCCUCCCCUGAAAGCACACGUGUCGGCGCCAGAGCCGGGCGAUCCUUCUGGUUGGAUGUUCUUGCAGAGAAGCACCUCAACCCACUCUGCCUGCCUGUCUUUCCUGCCCUACAAACCGCCUCUCCCAUCCGCGCCUCUCUUCCUCCUUCCGUUACCCUCUCCCAAAAUGAGGAUCCCUACUCUCCCGCUUGGCCACCCGCCCCACCCCCCGCCCCUCCCCUCUCUAGGCCUUGGCACCUGGAAGGCCCCGAAAGGCGUCACCGCUCCCGUCGUGACCGCCGCCCUCCGCGCCGGUUACCGCAUGCUCGACUGCGCUUGCGACUACGGAAACGAGCAAGAGGUCGGCGCGGGCAUCUCAGACGCACUGUCGGCCGCCACAGUCACGCGCGACGACAUAUUUGUUACCUCUAAGCUCUGGAACACCUUUCAUAAACGCGAGCAUGUUAAGCCGGCCCUCCUCCGCUCUCUGGCAGACCUGCGCCUGCAGAAGCUCGACUUGUACCUCAUGCAUUUUCCCAUCUCUUUGGCCUACACGUGGAAGGCCAUGGAGGCCCUCGUCGACGAGGGGCUGGUUUCGCAUAUUGGCGUGUGCAACUUUCCAGCGGCACUGCUCAUGGAUUUGUUGAGCUACGCGCGCAUAAAACCGGCCGUUUUGCAAGUGGAGAUGCACCCGUACUUGCAACAAGUAAAUUUACUCGAGCUGUGCAAACGCGAGGGCGUGCAGGUGACAGCCUUUUCGCCGUUGGGAGCGAGCAGUUAUGUGGAGCUCAACAUGGAUCGGGGAGAUCGCCUGUUGGACGACCCCGUGUUGAAAAAGAUUGCGGAGAAGAAAGGUUGCAGCGUGGCACAGGUUGCGCUUCGGUGGGGGGUGCAGAGGGGGACUAGCGUCAUUCCCAAGACUUGCAAAGUGGAGAGACUGGGACAGAAUAUGGAUGUAUUUGGGUUCGAGUUGGAUAAACAGGAGAUGGCGGAGAUCGCCGCACUGGAUCGGGGGACUAGGUACAACGACCCGGGUGUGUUUUGCAAGGGCAUGGGGCACAGCAUACCGAUCUACGACUGA